AUGAGACCCUUUGCCCUCUUUGCCGCCUUCGCCGCCGGGGCGAUGGGACUUCCCGCACAAAUUUUCUUGAACCCCGGAAUUCCAGCCAGCAGCCGGAAGCUGGUUCGUCCCCACGGCUACUCAUCCAUGUAUGCCAAGGUGCACCCUGUCGACGAGCACAUCCUCGUCUACAACUGCACAGAGCUGGCGCCCGGCGGAAGUCUCAAGUGCCAUGAGACCAGACUAGACACUACAUUAUCUGACCUCCUCGAGACUGCGGGAGGGCCCACCGAUUCGCUGCUGCAGACGGCGUUGGUCUUUGCGAUCGCCUGGCUGUGCGCAUAUCUGGUCAUCGACUUGGCCCUAUUCUACGUCUACGGGAAAGAAGCAACCAGCGAGAAGGAAGUCGUAAUUACAUUGCGCAACGGUCGAGUCCCCGAUGGAGAUCACAAGACGAAUGAGGACGUAUAG